AUGGUUGAGCUAACGGCGGUCCAUGCUUCUAAUAAAGCCCUGCGCCGAUACUUGCGACCCAAAGCUGUUGCUGUGUUUGUCGGGGCGACCAAAGGAAUUGGCAAGACGAGUCUACUGAACUACGCCAAACAUGCACCACAACCGCGCAUCUACUUUAUCGGCCGAUCACAACAAGCGGCCGAUGGAAUCUUGAAGCAGCUCCGGGAAGAAAGUCCAGAGGGGAACUAUACCUUCAUCAAAGCGGAUGCUAGUCUGCUCAACAAAGUCGAUGAAAUCUGCGAGGAACUCAAAGCGAAGGAGGAGAACAUCAGCCUUCUCUUCCAGAGUCAGGGUACUUUGGACAUGAGCACGAAAACCUCGGAAAAUCUCAUGCUGAUCACGGCGUUGGGGUAUUACUCCCGGAUGCGAUUCAUCGCAAAUCUGCUUCCCCUUCUUCGGAAAUCCCCAUCAGUCAGUCGUGUGAUUUCCGUCCUCGCCGGAACUAAAGAGGGCCCGCUUGAUAUGAAAGAUCUCUCUGGCAGCAGUAUAGCACCGUGGAAAGCGCGGGGCCACAUUUCGUCUCUGUCGACCUUGACUUUGGAGCAUUUUGCCGAGACAGCGCCGGACGUUAGUUUCAUCUACAGCUACCCCGGCUUUGUAGACACUGAUCUCGCCCAGACCAUGAAAGGAAUUCUUCCGGCUGUUUUCAAGGUAGGGUUUGCCAUGUACCGAACAAUCGGCCCCAAGAUUACCUACAUGCCAUUGGACGAGACUGGAGAAAGAUACACUUUCCUAGCGACAAGUUCCAGGUUCCCUUCUCAAAAUCAGAGCAAAGAUCCGCCAAAUUAUGGGAAGGACAUUGCUGUUGGCUCUGAUGGAGCAAUUGGAAGCGGCGUUUAUACCUUGGACGAGUUUUGUGAAAGUGGUGAUGCAAAGGUCCAAGAGGUCUUGGCUGAGCUUAGGCUGGCCGAUGCGGGGGCCAAAGUCUGGCAGCACUUGCAGGAGGUCUUCAAGAAUGUCACAGGGAAGGAGUCUAUUUGGUGA